AGGGGAGCCACCUCUUGGCCCCCUCGGUCCCUAGGGUAGAAAAGGCAUUUUGGAAAGCCUGCCCUGACUGAGGUGGCCCCUGAAAUGUCUAGAGAGCCACAGCAGUGAUGUUCACCCAGUGAAUAGCAUAGAGGCUGAGCGUGGACAAUUCGUGCACAAGAGGGAUGCUAGCUAUUAGGAAGGCGAGGAGGAAAUUCAGGAUGGGGACCAUCUGCUCCCCCAACCCCAGCGGGACAAAGACGGCAUCGGAGGUCUGCAAUGCUGACUGGAUGGCCUCGCUCCCCCCUCACCUCUACGACGUCCCCCUUUCCAAUCUGGCGAUCCCAGGCUCCCAUGAUUCUUUCAGUUAUUGGGUAGAUGAAAAGUCCCCAGUGGGGCCUGACCAAACCCCAGCUAUCAAACGCCUGGCCAGGAUCUCCUUGGUAAAAAAGCUAAUGAAGAAAUGGUCUGUGACUCAGAACCUGACCUUCCGUGAGCAGUUGGAGGCUGGAAUCCGCUACUUUGACCUGCGUGUUUCUUCUAAGCCUGGAGAUUCUGACCAGGAGAUUUACUUCAUCCAUGGACUUUUUGGCAUCAAGGUCUGGGAUGGGUUGAUGGAGAUUGAUGCGUUUCUCACUCAGCACCCUCAAGAGAUUGUCUUUUUGGAUUUCAACCACUUCUAUGCCAUGGAUGAAGCUCAUCACAAAUACCUGGUUCUCCGAAUCCAGGAAGCCUUUGGAAGCAAGCUGUGCCCAGCCUGCAGUGUGGAAAGUAUGACAUUGCGAAGCCUGUGGGAGCAGAGGUGCCAGGUUCUUAUUUUCUACCACUGUCCCUUCUACAAGCAAUACCCCUUCCUGUGGCCGGGAAAGAAGAUCCCAGCACCCUGGGCAAAUACCACGAGUGUGCGCAAACUAAUCCUCUUCCUGGAGACCACACUCAGUGAACGAGCCCCACGUGGCUCCUUCCACGUGUCCCAGGCGAUCCUCACCCCCAGAGUGAAGACCAUCGCCCGAGGCCUGGUUGGAGGUCUCAAGAACACUCUGGUUCAUAGGAAUCUUCCUGCCAUCCUGGACUGGGUGAAGACUCAGAAGCCUGGAGCCAUGGGUGUCAACAUCAUCACCUCUGACUUUGUGGACCUGGUAGACUUUGCCACAACAGUUAUUGAGCUCAAUGACCUUCUCCAGGAGGACAGAGCUGUGACUAAAUGCUGACUUUUAUUUUGUUGUUGUUGUUUUUCGGUUAACUUAAUGUUGAAGUGACUGAUCCAGGGUAGUGUUCUGAAGGGUUUCCUAUUAGAAUGGCCCCUGGGCAAUGAUAGUGGAGAAGAGGAAGAUGGCUUCUUUUUUUCUUCCUCACAUGGCCAUUUGGAUAAAAUUACAGGGUGUUUUAAUUGCAUUUUUCCCAAAGAAGACUUAAAAAAAAACAACUUAAGUCUAAGGGAAGAACACAUGUUUCAUGUGAUCAAAGUCAGAAUUUGCCUGCCAGCUUCUGAAUGGUAAAUGGAAUAUGGAAAUGUAAUCUCCAUGUUCCAUUGGGUUAUGGACUGUUUUUUAAUUGGUCCAGUUCCCUAUUGUCUCCCAGGGUUUUGUGUUUGAGCCAGUGAGGAGGUUGAACAGGUCUAAAGAACGGUUUUCCUUGCAGGUGUGGACAUUGUGUGGGCUCUAAUAUCAACCAGGAACUCUGUGGUAGAAAGGAGCCAAAAAUGAAUUUUCUGUAGGAUUGCUGAAUAUGGUAACUUGUUCCUUUAGAAAGUAAGUUGUAUUUAUCACCAAGGUGAUUCCCCCCUUGCUAUUCAUACAUAGCUUGGUGAAUUGGGAGUAAACAAUGUGUACUGCUCCUAGUAUCAGAAAUACGCUUCCCAAUUUUAAAGCAUUGAUUCCUUUUUAUUUUCUUUUUGGCCCCUUUUUAAAAGUGAAAAGCACAAUGAGGGGAAAUCUUCCCAGUGUGAGUUCAACAAGAAAUGGACAUGCAUGUUUUUUGCAUACCAGUUUUCUUUCAUUUUAUUAUGUAGCAUUCCCCCAAAAAUCUGACAGGUAAGCACCUGCAUCAUUUGACAAAAUCUUCUUUGGAGUGGGGUAUGCAAACCAGAUGUUGGAAUUGCAUUUCCUUGCGGCUAGCCUGGGCCUCGAUAUGAACUGUGGGUCACAAUGAGAAGUGGGAGGCACCUUGUCUGUGAUAUCACAGAGGCUGACACAGGAUGUGUGGGAAUGUGCAAUGGCAUUAAAGGGUGAAGAAGCUCCAAGUGGGUCUGGAGCUCUUUUGUAACUCCUUGAAAACAAGACUACCUCGGGGAUAUUUCAGAUGACUUGUGUGUCAUCAAGUGAGAGAUUUGCAGCGUUGGAAUGUUUCCGGUUCUUAUCUCCAUUCUUCUACUUCCUACGGGUUCUUCUGAGCCUACUCCUAAUCACCAUUGCAUGAGGGCUUUGAUAUUC